AUGAGCCAACCAUGGCUCGACAGCCUGUCCGACGACUGGCCGUCGGUGCCUACGACACCCACUACGCCAGCUCCAGCUCCAGCUCCAGCUCCAGCUUCAGCUCCAGAUCCAGCUACGACAACCCCCUCCAAGUCGGAACUCUUACCCUCCUCGCCAGGGCAGAGUGUGCAGAAUUCAGUCCAGAAUUCGGUCCAGAAUUCCCCCAGUCGCAUUCCAGUGCCCGCCCGGCGAUCCAUCGAUCAAUCCUCACCCGCUCGUUCGACGCCCGCACGAAGACAACAGCGUGAUUUUUCUAAAAAAGUGACUCGGCCCUGUCACUUCAUCAAACGAGAACCUCCGACCCCAAAGACCCCUCGCACCCCCAAGACACCCUCGAAAGUCCAGACGCCGACCCCCGCCAAAUCCAAAACAACUACCCCCAAAUCGCCCAACUCCCCCAAAUCGCCCCGAUCCACCUCGAAACCCAGUGCGAAACUGAGCAGCAAGCGCAGCCCCAAGCCGGCUCCCAUCGCGGCGGGCAAACAGCCGCAGACGAUGGAAACGCGUUCCCCGCUUCGAUCCGUCUCGAAUAUCUCCAGCCAAUCCAGUUUUCAGAGCACAGAUACCGUCCAGAUCAAACCGAAAAAGAUCAAGGAUGAAGGCGCAGCCACCCCCGAAUGGCGGAGACGAUUGGUGCAGGGUGAGAUCGCGGCGGGCGAACAGCGGGAUCUGUUCGCACCUAUGGGCCUCGAAAGCGUGUUUAAACCGCCGACGCCUGGCUCUGCGACCGCCAAACAACCGGGCUCCAUUCGAUUCACCAAGCAAGAGGACGACCAACUGUGGGAUUUCACCGACACCCCAUCGAGACGCGACAGCGCGGCUGGAGAGGAGGAUAUCGUGGAGGAGGAGAUCAAUGCUUAUCACGAUGACGCGCAACGCGACGACGAGUACAAGGACGAGGAUGAACCCUGGGGUACCGGGAUCGAAUCACCCUUGGGCACAGUCAAUCGGGCACCAUGGGCAAAGAAGCAGGCCCAUGACGAGGAGGGACUUUCUCACACCGAUCUCAACGAUACGGGGAUCCGAACCGCGAGCGGGUUGGAGGACCUUCGCAAUGAGGGCAUCACACCCAUCACGUUCACUCGACCCAAUACCCUCUCAGGCAAUGGCACGUCCGAGGUGAUCAAAUCGGCAUUGAAGCAAGUCACCAACAAAUUGGAGAGUCUGUCGGUGGAUAACAGUCGCCCAGACUCCCCAGUCAGCGAUAGCUUGCUUUUCUAUAAUAAUAGCGAACCCCGACCUGACGGAUCACCUCACGAUGAUAGUUUGCUAGAUGUCACAAGCCACUCUCUUCCGCAAGACUUGUCAAUGGGGACUCUUGACUUUAGCCGCCGAGUGGUGAGUCGUCCUAACAACAACCACAACAACCGGCGCUUCUCACCUUCGCCCUUUCCCUCCUACCGCUUGUCCCCCGCGACUCUUGCCAACACCAAAAUUCGCAGCUCGCCCCUCUUCAACCCUUCGCGCUCCCGUUCCCCAAAUCUACCUCGACCUUCUUCGUCUCAUGUUCGUCCAUCAACAUCUGGGGAUGCCGAUGAAGCCUCGAAGGAAACAGCAAUGCCGUCGUCGGGCAGCCCGUUGAAGCUAUUUGGAGAGCAUGAUACUUUUACGAACAAUCGUCUUCUACGCCGCAUGAGCCAGUUUGAGGAAACAUUUGAAGAUGGAUCGGAUGGAGACGAUCCCCCGUCUCCUCGGAAGAGGCCCGGCGCAAAGGAGAGAGCCCGAUUGGCGUCGCGGAAUGUCUCCCGCCCCCGGAUCAGUAGGUUUGGAGAUGGGGAAUUGGAUCAAUUCGACUUCUCCGAUGCGAGCCCAUAUGAACAUCAGCUCGUCUACGAUGAGUCUAAUGGCUUUGGAUCUCGCCCUACCUCUCGAAGACAAGUUUCCAUCCGCCAGCAAUAUCUCCGUCAUCCAUCUUCCCAGUUGGGCUCUUUGCACUACGCCCGCUCUGCGAGCUCAGGUUUCACACGAAAGCCCUCAGCUUGGACGCGACAAAGCUACUUUGAAAAUAGGCGUGAUGCGUCGUGGUCUUCGCGUGUGAAUCAAAAGGAGAACAUCGGCCCCGAAACCAAACGGGUCCCCAAAACCGCGGCCGACCCAAUCGCCAAACGCCGCCGAACGAUAUUGCGAGAUGAGAACGUCGAGCCUGACCAUACCCAAAAGAGCCCCGAACAUAAUCAGAAAUACGGCGACAGUAUGUCUUUACUGCAACGCAGCUUGAUGCAACACAAGGUCCAAAUGGAGAACGGUGACUACCUGGCACCCCCGGGCCUCUCCAAAUCCAUGCAGCGACCUCGAACACCCACUCCGAGCCAAAUUCGAUCUGCACUUGAGGCCACAAAUGGACCGACAAGAGACUUUUCGGAAUCCAAUUACAACGAGCUUGACUAUUCCGACUCAUUUUCAAUUGAAGGUGACAUUCCAAUGCUCAAAAUCACCGGCACCAGUGAUUCAUCCCGAAAAGGUUCCAUUACCACCCAGGAUUAUUUGAACGAAGCGACGAAAGUCAUGGACCUCAUUCGUGCUAAAGGUCGGCCAGCUGCUGUGAUGACUAGCCUGCAAGAAUCAGAUGGAGACAGUGAAGAGGAGAACUUCAGUUACGAAGACGAAUCUACGCGCGAGGCAUUCUCUCGGCCACCUAGCCGAGAUGGUACCGAUCUUCGCAAAAUGCGAGAGCUGAAAGAAAUGAGACCGCAGAUUCUGAAUCACCUCAAGAAGUAUCAAGAAAACGAGGAUCCAGAGAUGGGUACCCACGACAUGUUGUUGAAUAUAAACGCGGAGCUCAAAGCCCCUGGCGAAUCAAGUAUGGGCUGGUUGGGCAGGGAACAAAGAAAACGGAAAGUUAGCGGCCCGAUUGAUGACGUUGCAGCCAACAUCGCAGAAGAUCUCAUGACAAUCAAUACGCAAAUGUCCGGCUUCAGUAUCAACUCAGUCCCGACUGGCUCUUCCCAGAACUCACAAGCAAAGGGGAUACUUUCAUCUGAUUUGGUAUCGCAUCUAAUCCCAGAAGAGGUGAAUGGGUUUACAUAUGAUAAAUCCAAGCAUCAAUGGGUUAAGGGCGAUGAAAGACAACCGGCGAAGAGGGUGCUCAGAGAGGAUGGAGACGAGGAUCCCUUCCGGGACAUUCCCGACCUGAGCGUGGAUGAACUUCAGGAAAUGAUGAGAGUCCAUGGAUUGAACUCCCCGUCAAAAAGUACCGACGGGCAACAUUCUCGAACUCCAUCCGGCGCAGGGAGCUCGCCCCGGAAACUCGAGAAGAGGCCUCAUUCAAGGGAUGGAGAGCCAUCGGACAACACAAAUUCCACCAAAUCGGGAGCUUCGCGACUCGCAGCAAGUGUUCCUAAUUCAGGUACUCGUCCUGCUUCCAAGGAGACAAAUGCAGUGCGCGACACCGGCGACACCGAAGAUAAUGCCGUCGAUCCGGAGUCAGAACCAACCGCUCAGCCGCGACCUAAGCAAAAUCGGGUUCCCACCAUUUCGUUCUCGUCCCCUCUCGUCUCACAUAUUGCGUAUCGAGACGAUUCAGAUGCUCCUGACUCACCUGCUGCCCCAGAAGACUCGAAUAAUCCAUCCGCCAGUGCAAACCAGCAAAAUGGUUCAACGCACCCUGUUCCUCGCUCUGCCGGUCGUCAAUCUUCGGUUGCUGGUCAGCCAUUCGUCCGACGACCGAUUUCCCGAAUCGAGGAACGCAACGAAGAGGGAAUGGAUGAACUGAGCCUCGUCCAAAGAAAUGAGACAAUGACUGUUCAGCAAACACCUAAUGGCGCAGGGACGUCCCUGGUCCCCGUUAGCGAUGGGCAAGAUACCACCUAUAGCUUCCAUAUGAGCCCACUCCCUGAUUUCUCAGUCAAUGAGCCAGAUAACCCAUUGAACCUUGAGAUGACCUAUGUUGCGCAGCGUACACACCCUGGUUCUUUGCGACAGGUGCAUGGCACUUUUGCUCUUGCGACAGAAGAUUUGAUCAAGCACAUUACUGAUGUUGAGCCAUACGAACCCUACUGGGAACAUGUUCGUCGAUUGGUACUCCGUCAAAAAAGCCUGAUCACUCUGCACAAGUUGAGUGAUUUCUGUCCACGUCUUGAAGAGCUUGAUGUCUCCGACAAUGACAUUGGUCAGUUGAGUGGAGUUCCUUCGUCUCUUCGGACUUUGAAGAUUCCUCGCAACUGCCUGUCCAAUCUCACCCCUUGGAGCCACCUCCACAAUUUGCAGUAUCUUGAUAUAUCCGGCAAUGACAUCGAGACGUUGGACGGUUUUUCCAGCUUGAUCCACCUGAGAGAGCUGAAGGCAAAUGACAACCAAAUCCGCAACAUCGAUGGGAUUCUUGACAUGAACGGGUUGUUGAGUUUGAAACUCAGAAAUAACUCGGUGACAGCUGUAGACUUCGAGGGGGCCGAAUUAACGCGCCUUCGCGAUCUCGACUUGAGCCAUAACUGCCUGACCUCUGUCCACAACAUCGAGUGGCUUCCAUCGCUUGUUACUCUUGAUCUCAGUGCCAACCAGAUCUCCCGACUUGAGUCGCCUAGCUCACUAAUAAGUCUACGUGCUCUCAAGCUCUGCGAGAAUACGUUGGACAUCUUUGAUGCCACGCCUUUUUCAUCCGUGAGCCUGCUCUAUCUCGAUCAAAACUCCCUGGCAAGUAUUGCUGGCCUGCAGCACUGUCACAACCUGGAGGUCCUUUCUGUCCGAGAUCAAACGCAGCCAUCAUUGGACUCUGCAUUUGACAUUGACCUGGGAUCUGUGAAAGACAUUCGGAAAGUCUUCCUGUCAUCCAACAAGCUUUCACCUACGUGUUUAUCGCCAUCGUCCCCUUUGCUUCGACUGCAACUUCUCGACCUCGCGGGUUGUACUUUAAAUGCCCUGCCAAGCGGAUUUUCAGCCAGCUAUCCGAACCUCAAGGUUCUCAACCUGAACUUCAAUUCGAUCGCCAAGCUGGAGCCAUUAGUUGGAAUGAAUUGUCUCGCCCGACUCACGGUAGUGAAUAACCGCCUUGAAAGAAUGCGCCGCAUUUGCCAAAUUCUAAGUCGACUUGGUCGGACAGGUCGGGGAAGUGCAUGUUCACUCCGCAAACUUGACAUCCGUGGCAACCCUCUCACCGUCGGCUUCUACCCCCCAGCUGUCACGGGAAAUGGCACAAAUGUGGAUCGCAAAAAGCUGAAAGACCAAGAGAAGGCAAUCGUUCAGCAGCAAGAAGAUCGACGGGAUCUUUCAGAUGCCCUUGCUGAUAUGGACCGUAAUGAUUCGCUCGGCCAACCGGUCAAUUGGGAAGACGGAGCGAAGAGUGAUCGGGAAGUGGAGAUCAAUGAUCCCUUCACAUUACCACCGGCCGAUCCUCAAGCGGAUCAAAAAUAUCUGGGUCGUCUAGACAAAGCCACGAGACUACGUCGGAGUGUCCUCGAGCUACUAUUAUACGCUGGAACCAGCGGCUCAUUGCACAAUAUGGACGGACUGGAUCUUCGCCCAUCCCUGGGUGAGGACUCCCCGGACAUGGAAAGAGCGUGGAAGAAAUUGGAGGAGUUGGGUGUGCUUCGUCGGAAAGCAAUUACAAAUAAGCCAUGCAAUCAAUAA